AAGGAAGGAAGGAAGGAAGGAAGGAAGGAAGGAAGGAAGGAAGGAAGGAAGGAAGGAAGGAAGGAAGGAAGGAAGGAAGGAAGAAGUGUGUGUGUGUGUGUGUGUGUGAGAGAAGGGCAGAAGUAGAGACUGGGUUCAGAGGGAGACAAGCAGAACCACACAGCCACCUGCUCUCAGCUCAGUACACAGCGCUGCUGCUGAUUCAUGCUGUUGAACACCAGCCAACAGCCUCCUGCCCCUUACAUAAGGCCAGAUAAGGCCCAGUAAAAACACUCAGUUUCACACCACACACAGGCUAUGAGUCUCUUCUAGCAGUCCGAGGGAAGGCAAGGGAUGAGGGAGUUAUAGGGACCUGUAAUACAUGGCUAACAUUACGGAUAAGGAGGAGUGUUCAGAGCGGUACUAACAUCAUUGGUAAGACGGAGGAGUGUUCAGAGAAGUACUAACAUUAUCGGUAAAGAGCGUUCAGAGCUGUGAUGCAUUUUUAAAAGGAUAAUGAAUUCCAGGAAAUGGCACAGUGCCACACAUGCAUCUAAUGACAUAUGGAAAAUGAAUCAGACGCAGGGUGCAUCCUCAAUAGCACCCUAGUGGACUAUAAAAAGGGAAUAAGGUGCCAUUUGGGACACAACAUGGAGCAGUGGCCUUAAGGAGCUGUCUGCCUCUUCACAUGGCCGUCAAAGGACACAAGCAGGCCACACCAACCGCUGGCAGCUGCGCCACCCCCUUGGCAGUGAUCUGCUGGGGCAAGCACAAGCUGAGAGAACCAUGAGAGUGGCCCUCAACACAUCACUCAGGACCAUAAGGACAGCUGACUCUCCACAGCCCUACCCUCAUGAUGAGCCCCCCCUGCCACGGCUUACCCUCCUAGCGAGCACCAGCCUGCCCAGAAGCCCCAGACGCUGUGUGCCAGGUCAUUCCAGCAAGGCUACACCAGAGGACCUGUUCUACCUCCUGUCCCGCAGUGUUGUCCAUUACAACCAACCAGACGUGGUGCUGGAGUGCCUGGGAAGCCAGUGGGAGCUGCACUGCCCUAAUCUCACCAAGUCAGGCACCCUAAGCGACCUCUACAUGUCAACCAGACAGCAGAGGGCAAGGAGCCUUCAGGACAGAGCAGGAAGUGGUAAGAGUGGGAAAGACAAGUUAUACAGCCGACCUGGCAGCAGCAACUCCAGCAGAGACAAACAGAAUGGGAAGAAACCCGCAGGCCCCCUGGUCCUCCAACUCUCUGUGAAAGAAGCCACCGUCACCAAAGAGGCCCUCUCUUUUGCCCUCAGGACUCUCUAUAACCCAGAGGCAUGUCCUGAACACUGGGGAGAGGGGGUGCUCUCUACCGCCGCCCUGCUGGGCCUGCCACACCUUUUCCAGAGGUGCCUAACAGAGAUGAUAAAUAAAAUCAGUUCCUCCACUGUGUGUAUCUUUCAUCGUGUGUCCUGCAAGUUCAAGGAGACCAGUCUUCAGAGAGCGUGUGAGCGAUGGUUGGAGCUUUACCUGGUGACUGAGUUGACAUGUUUCAUCUACCUAAGAGACUUACCCUUUGAACUCCUCCACAAGACCCUAAGCUCACCCAGGGUCUUUGCUGCCUGUGAGUACCAGCUCCUGAAGACAGUGCUAUACUGGGUAUUCCUACAGUUCAACCCUGCGGCUCAGAUCCUUCCCUCCCAUAGGUUCAUUAUGACCUUCUUCUCCAGUUGGCCAAGGGCUGGCGUCUUCUUGGAACAGCCUGUGGGACAGAGGUUCACCGUUCUCUUCCGGGCCCUUCGCUUACAUGGCAUCACUCAACGAGCCCAUCUAGAGGAGAUGCAGCAGAUCCAUGUCUUUCCUCAGUCCUGGCUGCUCCUCAUCUUCUCCAAGCACUACUACACUCUCCACAGUGGAGGAGACAUGCAAAUAACAGAUUUCUCCCAACAAGCAGUGCGCUUCGGCAUGGUCAUUGAGAGGGAGCCUCAAUACUGCACGCGAACCAUUGGACUGUAUGGCUUCUACUUCCUACUUAAAGCAGCCAGCAUGGGGGAGCUGGACUCACAUGGCUUCUCUCUGCAGAGACUGAGACACUGGGACCCUGCCAUGUCUGUGCAGGCGUGUGAGAGGCAUCCUUUCAGUAUGAUGACAGAGCGGGCCUUGUCCUAUCAGAUCAAUGUGCAGGCCCAUGUGCACGGCCAGUGGCAGGAGUUCAACAGUGGUCCCAUCAACCAGGAGUUUGGCCUGACUAAGCGCACCUGCAAGAGCCAGGUGUUUAAAGUGAGGGGCCUCAGCUUGCCCAUCUUUGUGACCUUCGCCCUGGCAUUCCCUGCAGUCUGAUCCCCUGCCAGACAGUCUCCAUGGUGCUCGUUAUCACACGUAAACAUCACACUUCCUGUCUGAUUAAAAGUAUCCAGGAGGACUUGUCUUAGUGGGGUAGCCUUGAUAGAAAAGAAGAAAGCCACUUCAGAGACGAUCUGUUAGGGACGCAGCCUGUUUUAACCCAAACCAAGCUCAACGCUCUGCCCGUUGACCAAAUCAGGUAAAAUAGUAGUAGUCUGGGACACUUGCUUCUUCCACUGAGACAGGUCAUGGUCUGUCGAGGUACAAGGGACACAAUUAUAGUAAUAUGAUUCAUGCACUUUCACAUCACUUGGUAGUAUGAGGUUGUGUCCCAAAUGGGGCGGCAGGUAGCCUAGUGGUGAGAGCGUUGGACUA